AUCAAAAAUCCACACUUUCUUUUUCAUUUAUUUUCUCUCCAAACAAACAAACUUGUUAUUCUCUCUCUCUCUUCUGAAAAGAUAAAGUUGGUGAAAAAUGAAAGCUUCCUCUUGUGCAGAUGAUUUUUAAUUCCUAUGAUUGAUAAUUAUGGUUUUCAUUUCUCUCUGUUUUAGAGCCUAGGAGGAAGAAGAGAGAAUCUGACAUUCCUAACCGUGACGUAAAUCUCUCUCUCUCGUUUCCUCCCCAGGGAAUAUAGGUCUUUGGAAGUAUUGCAAGAAAAGCCAUGAUUCCGGUUCCGAAUGAGUCGACAUUGGCUGAAUCGUCUGGGUCUUCAAGCUCGAAUUCCUUUUCUCUUAAGGGAUCUGUGGAUGAGAAUCGUCGUUUCAAUGGACUUAGAAGCGUAAAGUGGCGUAUAAAUCUUGGGAUUUUGCCAUCGUCGUCUUCUUCCCCUUCUUCCAUUGACGAUCUUCGUCGCGUCACAGCUGAUUCUCGUAGGAGAUAUGCUGGAUUAAGAAGACGCCUUCUUGUUGAUCCACAUAUCCUGAAGAAAGGGAACAGUUCUUCAGAUGUGGUCAUUGACAAUCCACUGUCGCAAAACCCAGAUAGCACUUGGGGUCGCUUCUUUCGAAAUGCGGAACUGGAGAAAAUGGUUGACCAAGAUUUAUCCAGGUUAUACCCAGAACAUGGGAGCUACUUCCAGACACCAGGAUGCCAGGGCAUGUUAAGAAGAAUAUUGUUAUUGUGGUGCCUUAGACAUUCUGAGUUUGGUUACAGACAAGGAAUGCAUGAACUCUUGGCUCCUCUUCUAUAUGUUCUUCAUGUUGAUGUAGAGCGUCUUUCACAUGUGCGAACAGUCUAUGAAGACCAUUUCAUGGACAAAUUUGAUGGUCUAUCAUUUCAAGACAAUGAUACAUAUAAUUUUGAUUACAGAAGAUCUUCUGAUUAUACUGAAGAUAACAUUGACUCCCAUGAAAAUGUGUCAAAAGCGAGAAGUCUUAAUGAGCUUGAUCCUGAGAUACAGACAAUAAUAUUACUAAGUGACCCUUAUGGUGCUGAAGGUGAAUUGGGUAUUGUUAUUUCAGAGAAAUUUAUGGAGCAUGAUGCUUAUUGCCUGUUUGAUGCUUUGAUGAAUGGAGCCAAUGGUGCAGUUGCCAUGGCAGAGUUCUUCUCUCCAUCUCCUGCUCGUGAAUCCCAAUCUGGCUUACCCCCUGUGAUUGAAGCUUCUGCUGCAUUGUAUCAUCUGUUGUUGUUUGUUGACCCAUCUCUACAUAGCCAUCUAGUGGAGCUUGGUGUUGAGCCACAGUAUUUUGCACUCCGCUGGUUGCGAGUCCUAUUUGGACGUGAAUUUUCGCUAGGAGGUCUGUUGACAAUUUGGGAUGAGAUAUUCGCAUCAGAAAAUAAAAAAUUGGAGAAAAGUGGAGAAGAUGAUGGAGGCUCAUAUGGGGUCCUUUGUUCUUCUCGAGGAGCAUUUAUUUCAGCUGUAGCAGUUUCUAUGUUACUUCAUUUGAGAUCUUCCUUACUUGGCACUGAGCAUGCUACUUCAUGUCUUCAGAGGUUAUUGAAUUUCCCUGAGAAUGUGGAUUUGAAAAAAUUGUUGGAGAAAGCCAAGUCUCUGCAGACUCUUGCAUUGAACAGUAAUAUCUCAUCUUCAUCCUCUUAUAAUGGAACUUUUAACCACUCUAAAUCUAUGGUUGUGAGAGGUUCCAGUGAAUCAAUUGAUUCUUCUCCAACGUCUCCAUUAAAUUUGGUAUCUGUAAGUUACUGGGAAGAGAAGUGGAGAGUUCACCAUAGAGAAGAAGAGCUCAGAAAAGAUAGCUUGAAGAAAAAUGUUCCAACACAGAAGAAAGGAUGGACCGAUAAAGUAAAAUUAAGACUGUCUAGAACGGAGUCAGACCCAUGUCCAAGCAAUUUUGUGAAAAGCAAAAAGAACCCUAAGCCAUCUGUUAGGCGACGAUUGCUGGAAGAUCUUUCCCGGGAACUUGGUUUGGAAGAUGAUAUGGGCAAUGUAGGUAGUCAUGAAGUUUCAGGCAAUACAGAUAUUAUUUCAGCAGAAGUAGAACAUAGUAGAGAAGAUGGUUUUUGUCAGGAGAUUGUCUGCAUUUCUGAGGAUAGAUGUUCGAGCGGAAAUGCUGGGAGUGAAGAAAAUUCAUCUAUUUUCUCAGAUCCAACAAGUCCUCAUAGUGAAACUAAUGAUCAUGAAAAUGAUUCAGAGAAAAGUAGUGUUGCAUCUAAUUUAUCUCUUGACGAGAAUGAUGAACAUGCCCAGAAUAUUUCGGAGGAUUCACCACUUCCAAUUUCUCAUCCCCCCGAGGUUGUCUCUCAAAAAUCUGAAUGCAAAAAUGAUUCACUGGGAAAUCCAGUGACAGAGUUAAAAGAGAAAAAACCUAUUUCAGGUAAAUUUCAAUGGUUUUGGAAGUUUGGAAGGAAUCCUACUAUUGAAGGGAUGUCUGAGAAAGGAGGCAAUUCUGAGGCUACAAAGUCUGCCAGUGAAGAAAGUCAUCAGAAAACUUCAACUGUUUCUGAGGAUGAUGGGUCUGGUAAUUGGGAGUCUACAAAGUCUGGCAAAGGAGAUGUCGUUGAUCAGAAUGUGAUGGGUACUUUAAAGAAUCUUGGGCAUUCUAUGCUUGAACAUAUUCAGGUAAUCGAGUCGGUAUUCCAACAAGAUAGGGCGACUCAAGCAGGGUCAUUGGAGAAUUUCUCGAAAAACAUUCUAGUAGGCAAAGGACAAGUAACAGCAAUGGCUGCUCUCAAGGAACUUCGAAAAAUAAGCAAUCUUUUAUCAGAGAUGUGAGGUGCAUAAUGUUUCCUUGUUCCAUAUCUACUUGUAUAUACAUUUUGUAAUUAUUAUUAUUUUUUAGCGCCACAAUAAAUGAGGUCUAUUGCUUUUCUCAUCUUGUUCUGUUCUGAUCUGAUCAAAUUCAAAUUUUGGCAGUGCUGUAUUGUGGUAGAGACUAGAGAGAGAUUUAAAAUGUAAAGAUAUAUAUGAGUGAGCCUUGUGUAAUGAUCUUGUUAAUUUAGUUCUUCUGAGUAAAAGCCAACGCUUGUUUGAGAA